AUGACCGUCCCACUCGAGGGCCUCAUGGCGAUCAACAAGCCGAUCGGUAUCAGCUCGGCGGAGGCACUCCGCAAACUACAGCGAAUCUUCAAGCCCUCGUCCAUCUUCGCGGAGACGCUUGCGGCGGAGGCUGCGAAGCGCGAGCGCGAGAGCAAGGGCCAGCAGCGGCGGCGGCGCAAGCAGUCUGCGCGCGACCUUGAGGUGAAGAUUGGGCACGGCGGGACGCUGGACCCCAUGGCUAGCGGGGUCCUUGUGGCCGGAAUCGGCGCGGGGACGAAACAGCUGCAGCAGUUCCUGGGUUGCACAAAGACGUAUGAGGCCACUGCCUUGUUUGGCGCGGGGACCGAUACGUAUGAUGCGCUGGGGAAGAUUGUGGCUUGGGGGAAGGAGGGCAGCUGUGGCUGGGAACGCAUCACAGAGGAGGUGAUCGAGAAGGAGCUGGGGGCCUUCCGGGGAGAUAUUAUGCAGAAACCGCCGAUAUACUCGGCCCUCCACAUGAACGGCAAGCGCCUCUACGAGUACGCGCGCGAGGGCAAGCCUCUGCCGGCCGAGAUCCAGUCCCGCCCCGUCAGCACCGUCAGCCUGGAGCUGCUAUCGCUCACGUCCGACCACGAGUACGAGUACCCCGCCGAGGAGGUGCCGGACGAGGAGAAGAUCGCGUUGCUCGCGUUCGAGACGAAGCCGACCACCGCCGCCACCACCACCGCCGCCGCUAGCACCGAAGAGAAGGCCACCGGAGAGAAGCGUGCGCACUCGCCGGAGCCGGAGGAUGAGAAGGCCGCUAAAAAGGUCAAGGAGAGCGAGGGUGAGGGUGAGCCCGUGGCUGAAACUGACACCGCCGAGGUGAUUACCGUAGCCGUGGAGACUACGCCGGCUGCUACCCUCCCCAAAAAGCCAGAGGGUAAGCCGCCGGUUGCUACGUUCCGCUUGACUGUCACUUCAGGAUUCUACGUGCGCUCGUUCAUUCAUGAUCUUGGAAAGGCCCUGGGUACAGAGGCGCACAUGGUUAAGCUUGUGCGCACCCGGCAGGGAGACUAUGAGCUUGGCGGUGAGGGCGUUAUCGAGUGGGAGGAUCUGAUGGACAAGGGCGAGGAGGUGUGGGGGCCCAAGGUCGAGGGAAUACUGAAUAAGUGGGCCGAGGAGAAGAAGGGAAAGAAAUGA